AUGUACUAGGCUCUUAAGAUAAAGGAGAGGCCAGAGUCAGAAUUCGGUCCAGGGAAGGAUCCAUACUCUACAUUUCCCAAUGAAGCUAGAGCUUUGAUUCAUCAAGAUUUGAAUAUAACCGCUGAACAAAGAAGAGCAGACUUUCUAGUGAGAUUAGAGGAGGCGAAAUUAAAGGCUAAACCAACUGAAGUUAGCCCUGAAUUAUGGGAAAAGUACAUUAAGGACCCAGAUUUUUAUAAGAAUGACAAGCAAGUAGUGAACAUAGACAUGAAAGGCUAAGAGAUCCUUGAGAGGCUUGACAUUAAUUUAGAGAUUUUGAGAAAGCUUUAGGAUAAGCACUAUGAAAUAGAUAUAGAAUAUGAGAUGAACAGAGAUCUUUAUGAAAAAUAAAGAGUCAAGGAUGAGUUCUUAGAGGCUCACAAAGAGGAUAACAAAGUUCUCAACUCAUAUUAUGAGACAACUUACAAGAAGGCUAAGGGAAACUAAUCAUCUUACUUUCUAUACAAAAAUCCAUAUGAGCCAAAAGAUCUUAGAUUUCAUUUCUUAGUCUCUGUGGGUACAACAUUACUGACCACAGUAUUUUUAGGGCUUAUUAAUCCUCUUCUGCCUUUAGUAUUAACAUAUGACUACUUUCUGCUGGCUAAUUACGCUAAAGUACUAAAUUAAACUACUUUUGUUAUGGCUUUAGAUGCUUCUAAAAGGCACGUAUAUUUAAAUAGAUUAAACUUCUUGGGUUAUCACACUGAGAUGAAGGAAACCAGAAUACCUUUGAUCAAUAUAAGAUUUAUGGGAGAGUAUACCAAUAAAUAUGUGACCUUAGAUAAUAGAGGUUUAUUGCCUUCAUUCUCUAGAAUUAUGAAUUAUGGUAUGCCAUUGUUCAACAAGAAGACUAGUACUUAUGACAUCAAUGAGAAAAUAGGAUAAAAAGAUAUAGUUGAUACUGAAAAGAAUCUGACUGAUGAUUAGAAUAAUUUUAAGAGAUUUUGGAGGUUUAUGGCUAAUAGUGAGACCUAUCUAAUCCCUAUAGAUCAUGAGCAAACUGACAAUAGCUUUCUUGAUAAAAGUAUAGUCUUCGACUUAAUAAAUGGUAGAUAAAAGGCUAUACUUAGAAGAGAUUUCUCUAUCAUGGAGGAGGGCUUGUAGAAAAUUAGAGAUGAUAUGGAAGAAGCAUAUAAGGAUUACCUUACCUCAAAAGAUAUUCCAUUUACUACUUAGAGAGAAGAACUACAGAGGAAGUAUUCUUAUUACCGACCUAAUAGAGAAUUUUCAGGCAACAUGGAAAAUGCUAAACUCAAGAAAGUUGAUGAUGGAACAUUUACUGAUAAUGGAUAUAGAUGA